AUGGAUUGUAAGAGUGGAUAUUGGCAAAUAAAGAUGGAAGCAGACAAUAUUCCAUUAACAUCAUUUAGUGCUCCACAAGCGUGUAGAGAUGGAUCGAAGUUGAUAACAACAACAAAAAUAGGGGAUCCAAAAUAUGAUGCCGGAGUUAUGCAAUUCAUUAAAUUUGCUUUGGAAAAUAAUAGUGAAGACCGUGAUAAGUUUCGUUGUCCUUGUUAUAUGUGUCAUAAUCUUAUGCAUCACAAAGUUGACGUUAUCCUUAGUCAUUUGCAUAAAUGGGAAUUUGAUAUAACAUAUACUUGUUGGUAUCGUCAUGGUGAAAAAAUGGGAGGAACUUCUGGUCAUCAAGGCCAUACUGAUGAAGGUGAUAGUUUAGAGGACAUGAUGGAUCAACUUCAUGAAAGAGUUGAUGAAGAUCCUCAGGUGUUAGAAGAAUUGUUGACUGAUUCCGAGAAGCCCUUAUACAAAGAUUCUAAGCACUCAAAGUUACCAGCUACAGUUAAGCUAUACAAUGUGAAGGUGGGUCAUAGUGUGACAGUUGAGUGUUUUUCUGCGUUUCUUAAGAUCUUUAAAGACAUACUUCCACCCGAUAAUGUUUUUCCUGGCGCUACAUAUAGGUGCAAUGUCUCGAGGUACAAGAAAAAGGAAGGAGUUCCGGCUAAGGUUUUGUUGUACUUUCCAAUAAUAUCAAGGUUCAAAAGGAUGUAUUCAAAUCUAGAAGAUGCAAAGAGGUUGACAUGGCAUAAAUUUAGUCGAGAAAAAGAAGAUGGGAUACUUAGACACCUAGCCGACUCUCCACAAUGGAGAUUUAUUGAUGCAGAAAUUAGUGAUUUUGGUAAAGAAGAACGAAACCUACGCCUUGGAUUGCCUUCUGAUGGUGUAGAAGUGUUUGAUGCUAGUCGGAAUGAAAUGUUCAAUUUAAGAGCCAUGUUGUUCUACACUAUCCAAGAUUAUCCCGCUUAUGAUGGUUGGGAGGGGAGGUGGUUAUCCGCAUCAAAAAAGACGGUCUACUAUGAUCAUCGUCUAUUUCUUCCCGAGGAGCAUGAGUACCGCAAACUGAAAAAGGCUUUUACUGGGGAGAAAAUUUUUGAAAGCCGUCCAAGCGUCUCGACUGGAGAAGAAGUGUUUGAAAAGGUAAAAAACAUUCAAAUUACAUUUGGCAAGUUGAAGAAAAAUAAAGAUGCUCUCCCAAAACAUGGAUACAAGAUGUGUUUAGUUUUUUGGCGCCUUCCUUAUUGGAGAUUUCUUUUUGUCAGGCAUUCUUUAGACUUGAUGCAUAUUGAAAAGAAUGUGUUUGAUAGUCUGAUUGGUACAUUAUUGAAUAUGCCGAAGAAGACAAAAGACGGUCCUAAUGCUCGAAGUGACUUGGAAGAAAUGGAUAUUAGAAAGGAACUCCAUAUUGUUGAGGAGAUUGGAAAGCGCAAGUAUUUACCCCCUACUGCUUAUACACUGUCCAAAAAGGAGAAAGUCGAGCUUUGUACAUCCUUAGCUGGAGUUAAAGUGCCUUAG